CAUUAACCUCACAACAAUACCUUGCGCUGCCCCAAAGUUGGUGGACUUUUUUCUUAUUUUGAUCUACAAAGCUCAAGCAAGCGGCUUCCAUGAAGCAACGCGAGCGCUUCCCCAAUCUGACUAGGACAAGUAGAAUCCUGUCAUGCGAAGUUGCGUCAACCACAUUUCCUUGCUUCAGGCCAUUCCUUCAGUUACCGCCUCAAGACCAGCUGUCCGCUUGCGAUCCUCCAGGAUUCCUUCGCCAAAAUGGCAGCUGCGGACAUGGCUAAUAUGCCUCCCCCAUCAUCCCAAUCCCACUUCGAGAACUUUGGCAACUUUGUUCCCGAUAACAACGCGUCCUUCGAUGAUGAAUUCUCGCGCCUCGCAUCCUCCCAGGACUGGGUCGGCGGCACCCAGGAAUACCAGAGACAACGCACGAUUGCACUGCGAUCCGAAUUGAAGCUGCACUACUUCUCGCAGUCACAGGAGCUCGAGGAAGAGCACGAGCUCACUGACGAGGAAAUGCUCCAAGGCUAUCAGGCCCUUUGCCAGGAAGUCGGAAUCGCGGCUAGUGAUUCGAUCCAGGAAUGCAAGAGGGAUCUCAAGGGCACCUUGGUUAACAUCGUUGACCUAAUUGAUGCACGGAGAACAGGCAAGCAGGUCAAGGUAUGGGAAGACUUUGAGGCGUUUCGCAACUACACGCUGAUGGAAGGACACACGAUUAAUGGGAAGGAGGCCGCAAAAGAAGGAGGAAUUUUGCAAUCCUUACUCCAACGUUUGAGGUUCCCACGACGAGACAGGCAGCAUGGCCGCAGGCGGAGGGGUCGUAUGUCAAGAGGAGUCUCGGGCCGGGUAAUGAAGAGGAGCGUACAUGCCCACGGGUCGUAAGAGACUGGCUUGUCGAUUUUGUAAUAAUAGUACGGUCAUGAGCGGAAUUAGAAUGCUCUUUGUAACUUAGGGUCAUAUUGGAAGUAAUAUUUUGCCGUCAUCCGUCAUCCGGCUCUGCAGGUGG